UGGCGGAGCCCGAGAUUGGCAUUUGCAUUCACCAAGCAUUCACUCUCUUCGUUCGAUUGAGCUGGACCUACGCUACAAUGUCUCAGUCAGACGUCGCGUCGCUGCGCGAACGAAGACAAAACGAGCUGAAUGAAGCCGACCCGAACGCGAUCCCGGAAAGCUCGGGGUCCGCUCCAGUCGUCCAGCACGGUCGUUUGACUCUGACAUGGCUCGAGAUUCCGGCGUGGCAGCGCGACAACGAUUACAUUUUGAACGGAUAUAGACGGGUGCAAUUUAGCUGGAGAGGGUGUGCCUACUCCGUAUUCGGCUAUCUGCAUAAUGAAACAGUGAACAUUCAGACGCACCUCUUCGGUGCCCUCCUGUUUGUCGGCCUCCUCGGCAAUGUCUAUCAAGUGAAGCUUGCGUCGUACGAGACGACGGCGUGGCAGGAUUUUGUCGUGUUCGCUAUCUUCAUGUCCGCGGCCGUCUUUUGCCUGCUAGCGAGCUCCUGGUUUCACACAUUCUCGGUGCAUUCCAGAGAGGUCGCCGUCCGAUGCCACGCAAUCGACUAUGUUGGCAUAGUGGUGCUCACAGUCGGUUCCUUCUUCCCUUGCAUCUACUAUGAAUUCUACUGCAACACGAACCUUCAAGUGUUCUACCUAUCUCUCAUAGUGCUCGUCGGGCUCGGCGCCGCAUACAUCGUGCUCGAUCCCGAGUACUCGAAACCCUCCCAUCGUGGCGCGCGAACGAAAGUUUUCAUAGCGCUCGGGCUGAGCGCGAUUUUCCCCGUCGCCCACGGAUUUCUCACACACGGGCUCCACAAGCUGUGGACCGAAAUUGGCUUUGGUUGGCUGGUGGCCUCUGGGGCGUUGUACAUCUCGGGUGCCUUGCUCUACGCGAAUCGUAUCCCUGAACGCUUCUCGCCAGGGACGUUCGAUUACUUCUUUGCGUCGCAUCAGAUAUUCCACGUCUGCGUCGUCCUCGCUGCGCUCUCGCACUACGUAUGCGUGCUGACGGCGUUCGAGCACUGGCAUGCGCGUGCGGAGCCGCACUGUCCUUCGUAGCUUGGCCGGCAUUCGUCGUGAACCCCGUCCUCCAGUGAUCGAUGGAAAUAGCAGAUGUUCCCUGCAAUAGGCAUAAUGUGCCGAAGCUGUAUGUACACUUAAUAGAUGUUGAUUGGACAAUGCACGAUACUCACGCAUGUGCGCCUCGUUGCCUGUUUCACCCCUUCGCUUCCUCGCCAGUGUCAGGCGGCCCCGCUCUGGAUCUGGGCGGAUCUUCGAAGGUACGUACCGCCGGAAGCAAGUGCUUUGAAUGUCA